AUAGAAUUUCCCUCCGGUGGGAAAAUCAUAUCAUACAGCAGAUAGAGAGAGAGAGAGAAACAGAGAAGAUGGGGGCGUCGGCAUCAUCUGAACAAGGUUCGCCGGAGCAGAAAGAGGCUGAGAGUUUAGCAGCAUCCCUCGGAGCUCUCCCUAUGCUCAAAAAAGCAUUCUCCCUCCUCGCCGCCGCCGACGACCACGAUCCUCAAUCCAAUUCCAUCCCCAUCGUUUCCCUUCAGCAAUUGUUCACGUUUAAGUCUCACCAAAAAUCAAACUCAGGAGGAGGAGGAGGAGGAUUGAAGAAUUUUGACCAACUAUUAACUCAACUAGGUCCUUCCAUAGUUGACCAUUUUUUCUUGGCUAAUGCUAAUGAUCAUGAUCAUGAUCAUGAUGAUAAAGGAGAUGGAAUUACUUAUGUUCAAUUUCUCCGGGGUUAUGUGAAAUGCUGUGGAAGGUCUUCAACUGCAUCAUCAUUCAAUAAUCUAUUCAGGAUACUAACAGCUGCAGUUACAAGGGCAGGUCUACCACCAAAACUUGAAUUUGAAUCAGAGGAUACUGAUUAUAAGAUGAGUGGAUCAUUCACCCCUCAUGACAUCUUACUGUUCCUGUCUCUAUGUUGGAUUAUGUCUUUUGAUUCAAAGACACAACAACAAGAAGAAGAGGUUCCUGCUCUUCCAGAUUUGGAUCACUUACUUCUAUCAGCUGUUGAAUCUUGUUCUGAAGAGUCUAACAAUGAAACUAACAGCUUUUGGAACUGUGACCUAGAUUUAGAUCUUCAACUCUCUGCAGGGAAAGUUCUCUUGUGGGCUCUUAAAACAACACCUAACCUUGCAGAUUGUACUGCACAGUUUGUCCAUGGGAGACUCCAGAAAUCUGUUGAGGACAAGUCGUCUGAGGUUGAUCUUUCCUCAGAAGCAGAUGAUAGCAGCAGCAGCAGCAAUCUUUUAACAAAAGGAAUGGUAUGGGCCAUUUCACUUACUUUGACAAGCACUUUAAGACAAGAGAUUCUGAAAGCAUUCCUCCCGAGCAGCAAUAAUGCUGAUGAUGGAAACAACUAUGACAGAUUAAUCUAUCGGUCAUCUGUUCAUGGGAAAGGUAUGAACAGAUUCUGGUCAAACGUUGAGGGUUAUAAUGGUCCGACUCUGAUUAUUCUUGCUGCUCGAUUUGAAGAUGAUGAUGAUAAUGAUAAUGAUGGUGUUACUUCAAAGAGAUGUAUAGUUGGUGUCCUUACUAAUCAGGGCUUUGAAAACAAGGAUACAUAUUAUGGGAGUCAGGGAAGCCUAUAUGCAAUAAGUCCAGCAUUUCAUGUCUUCUCAUCCCAUGGUAAGGAUAAAAACUUUGUGUAUACACACUUGCAUCCUACUGGAAGAGUUUAUGAGCCACACCCAAAACCAGUAGGAAUAGCAUUUGGAGGAUCUAUUGGAGGGAAUGAAAGGAUAUUUAUAGAUGAAGAUUUUGCCAAAGUUACGUUUCGCCAUCAUGCUGUAGACAAAACGUAUCAACACGGUCCCCUUUUUCCUGGACAGGGGUUUCUGGCUGUAGAAGCUGUGGUAUCUGAAGUGGAAGUGUGGGGAUUAGGUGGAAGCCAUGCUAGAAAAUUUCAAAAUUCAUUCAAGCAGAGGGAAGAACUUUUCACUAACCAAAGACGCAAGGUUGACCUAAAAACAUUUGGAAAUUGGGAGGACUCACCUGAGAAGAUGAUGAUGGAUAUGAUAUCUGAUCCAAACCAUGUUAGGAGGGAGGAGAGAUAACUAAAUGAAAAUGGGCAUAGAUUUCUCCAAUUCCAGCAAUGUCAAUUACUUGUUAAUUGUUCUGGAUUAUUCUGUCUACAAUUUGUCAUUUUGACUUGCUGAGUGUAAAGUCCUCCACUUUCUUAC